CAAGUGCGUGUUUUGAAUCUCAUUUGUUUCCUUUCUUUGAAUUUGUUUCGAAUUUUCAGAGGGAAUGUAAAAUACGAGGGUGUGAUAUUAUUGAACGAGAAAGUAAUCUCAUGUCGUUUCUCACUUGUUUCGUUUCCCAUUCGCACAGAAAAAUGUCUUCAAAAUUAUUUUAAUACAUUUAUAUAUAUUUUUGCAAACUUGCUUCUUUGCUUUGCAAUUAACGUUAACAUCAAGAGGAACACGUUCUGACUCUUUGAACGCUGCGAUAUUUUUUUUAUAUCUCUUCCACGCACAUUUUUUUUUUGCCUACGCCUAUGCUGUAAAUUUUUUUCAUUUUUGGGAAUUGGUAAAAAAGAAAGGGAUGGUAGCUUAGAUGUGGGGUUUUUUAUAUUGAUUUGACUGCGUCCUUUGUUUUCGGUGUUUUGUCGGUUCCGGUGAUGCUGCUAUUCGCGUCUGGGUGGCCGCUUAAAGGCUUGAGCCAUGUAGAACAUCAUCGGAUCAAAGAAGGGAAUCCGAGUGGCGGUGGUGGUGGCUUUGGUGGGAAUGGCGCCGGGGCUGCACCGAAGGCCGUGGCACCAGCGGCGGCGGCGGCGGUGACGGCUUUUGAUGGCGCUGACACGUUGUCGGAUGCCGGUGCUGGUGCUGCCGCCGCAGGUGCGACAGCGGCGGCAUCGGUAACGAUGACGGCGGCGGCGCCGUCACCAGACCCGGGCACGGUGUCGCCGAGUGACGUGACGCCGGUGGUUCACUGGCCGUCGGUUUUGCGGGACAGGCCGCGGGUGUCUCGUGGGCCGCCGCCGCCGGUGCCGCCCCGAGGCUCGGGCACUAGUCCUGUGCCGCCUGUCCGCCAAAAUGCCCCUGGCGCCGCUUCGGGUGGUGGUGGUGGAAAAAGCGUCGGUAUGAACACUAUUUCAAUCCCAGAAGUGGCGAUGAAGCCGAGCCCGGUGAGCUCAGUUCCCAUGUUGGCGUGA